CUUCGUGUGGCAUUGUGUGGUUGCCUAGGGUUUUAACAUAUCUUUCCUCAGUCCGGCGCCUCCGUCUCAAAAAUCUAGUUUGGCCUUUGCGGUUGGCCAAUUGUCAUGGGAAACGAACUUCCGCCGUUUGAGGAAUCCCCAUUGUACCCUGAUUUGAGACGCUGCGUAGUGAAUAUGGAGGCCCGACAAGCCGGGGACGAAAAUACUAGGAAAUUACUCCGUAAACUCCGUGAGACAUGGGGUUAUGAUCUUGACAUGAAUGUGGAUGAUGUUCCGGUUUCAUUUCCUCUAUGUCCGGUGGACAUGUCCAACGAGGAUUGCCAGUAUAUUUUCAAUGACUGUGUAUUGAAUGCAAGACGCUUUGCGAUCCACAAAAUCAAUGAGAUUACGGGCGAAACUCACUUGUUUAAGGAAUUAAAGAAUGUUGUUAUUAGCACCUCCUGCAUAUGUCUUUUGACCUUCACUGCUGUGGAUGCCGAUGAAGCUGGUGCUGAUGAUGCUGAUGUGGUGACUUUUCAAGCAAUGGUUGAAUUCCCACUACUUCCUAGUUUUGGCUGGCAUGAGCUUCUGCAUUGGAGGAUUAUAGAAACAGCCUGACUGCUAAAUCAUCGCUUAUGUAUGUCCUUAUUCCUUGGGGCUGCUUCCCACCAUAUGAUGUCGGACUUGUGCUUGCUUUAUCAAACUGUAAACUCUAAGAAUCUUAAAUAUAAGGUGACUUGUUUU